UUCAAAACCGGCUCAACUGAUCAUCAGCCCCGCAAAUCGCAUAGAUCAAGGGGUGAGACGAACAGGCCUGCAAUACACGAUGAACAAGAGUUGACCUCUCGAGUCUCGAGGACGCUGUGAGUCAUGCAUAUCGACGACGGUCAGUGAUUCGCUCGCCUAUCUGCAGGCGCAUCAAAGUUGCCGCAAGUGCCGCAUAAGCGAUGGAGGAAGUGGGAUUCUGAAGCACAGCCUUGGCGUCGCUGUCACUAGCCGCGCCGGGCGCGCUGAUGAGAUGCGUCGAUCAGAGCUUCCGAAGGGGCAAAGUGGGGGGAAAAGGACACAGGAGCGGCAAAAAUGGCGUUGGGUGUGUUGGCUUUUUCAAAGUUGGGCGCUUGUUGCACGCCCUUUAGCCACCUGGCUGUCAGACUGCUGGUGUCCAGCUGGUGCCCGUGCGUCAGUCGCGCCAACAGCCAACCCGCUGCCCCAAGCCAACAGUCCGCUGUUAGCCCUGCAGGCGAGGGCGUGUCACUGCCUCGGGGCUGUCUGACAACUAUUCAUUAACUUGUCUUACUCUUCAUUUCGCUUCCCUUGACGGUGACCCAACGGCACCACGUCCUUUCCGACUUAUCCUCUCCUCUCCUCAUCCUGCCAUCUCCCUCACUCCCCCCUCCGCCCACCCCGCAUACAUCUACCCGCUGGGCUGGACAUGAGUUGGCGCUUCACAAGUACUCGAAGAAGUGAUGUCGUCGGUCUUGCAUCCAGACGCCAUAGCCAAUCUGUCUCCCUUUGUACUCUUAUGUUAUGAAUGGACCCUCACGCUCUCAGAGGAGGUGGACCGGUACUGGAUGCGCCCCAAGCUAUCCUGGGCCGCUCUCCUCUUCUUCUCCAAUCGAUAUCUGACGCCGCUGGGUCAUGUGCCGAUCGUGAUGGAGACGUUGAUGCAGUCGGCCAUACCGACAUCUGUCUGCCAGCGCAUGGGGAUGUACAACCAAGCCAUUAUCGUUAUCAUUCAGCUUAUUGGCGGAGUCGUGAUGGCGACUCGAGUCUAUGCCAUGUACGAUCGAUGUCGAAGAAUCCUCGCACUGAUGGUGUCUGUCGCUGCCAUUGCUCUCACUAUAGGCAUCUGGGCUAUCCUAACGGAUGGGUCGGUCGCGCCGCAUGUUCCACCUCCACCAUCGGGUAGGGGCUGUAUUCUACCUGUGUCGGGCGCAUCUGCAGCUCGAUUGUCGAUAGCAUGGGGUGGACAGACGAUCUUUGACGCGCUCAUCUUUGGAUUGACGGUGUGGCAGUCAUGGAAGAUGCAUGUGCCCGGGUCCAAGCGGAUAUGCGGUAUCCUGCUACGUGAUGGCGCGCUGUACUUUUGCAUUAUCACCCUGACCAAUGUUGCCAACAUUCUCACCCUCAUGCUUGCGGACGACAACACCCGCGCUAAUUGCACCACUCUCACCAACAUCAUCUGCUCCAUGAUGAUCUCCCGCUUGAUGCUCAAUCUCCGCGAUCCUAAGCUCGCAUUCACCACCGCCGCAUUCACGGAUGCCGCGUUCACCUCUGGCGCAGCUGCCAGCGAGCUAUGCGCAGAAAACUAUCCGGUCGUCACGACGCAUUCAGGGCAGCCCCUUGCACAGGGGGAAGACACGCGGUCGUACGACAGCCUCAUAAGUUCGGUUCAGUUCGCGGAUCCGCUAUGGGAUACAUCAGACACGGAUUCUUCCUUGAGCUUACCUCCGAAAGCGCUCACGUCGCCCUGCAAACGCGCCUAUUUAUACGCAUAAUUUAUCACCUCGCUACCCCGUCAGCUUGCAGAUCUUUCUCUGUUGAUGUUCACCGUUCAUCUCAUCCUGCGAAUAGCCACAUUUGUACUUGUAUGCAUAACCCGCACUGCACAUACCUC